AUGGUCCUUUCAUAUCCUCACUUCCUCUACGCAGAUCACACUUAUAAAAAUGGAGUUAUAGGAAUGACCCCUGUUGAAGAGCAACACAGAAUAUUUGCCGACCUUGAUCCUUACACGGGCACAGUGAUUCGAGGAAGUAAAAGAGCCCAAUUCAACGUAUUUAUGCGGCCCGUGAGGAGUAUCGCUGCUACGAAUGCCCUCAGGACUACUCUUACUCCAAUAUUUUGGGUUGACGAGGGGAUGUCUUUGCCUGAAGACCUGACUAAUAUGAUAAAAAGAAGACUGUUAGGUUCAUUAAAUUUAGUAGACAUAUUUAUACCUAUACUUAUAUCUUUGAGUGCUUUUCUGGCUGUUUUUGGAGUGGUACUCGUUCUAUGGACCAAGAGACGCUCGAAUAUCAACAUUUAA